AUGUCAAACGAGACUUUUUUUUCACAUUUAUCCGUUUCUCCGCCAAACAAGCUCACUAAAUAUUAUUUACGCACAAAAUGGCUCGGGUCAGUAGAUUUGGAAAUGGAUGUGGAGAAAAAGCCCGUCUGUGGUCUAGUAGUGACUGACUGUCGUUCGUUUUGGCAACGCGAAGUCACGGUGGGAGACUUGAGACACGGAAGACCUUCUAGUAUAACGGAAACAUCACAGUUCUUGGAGGCCACGUAUGCGGUACUUUCUGGAAAGGAAUUCUUUAACGAAUUCAGACUUUCGUGCCAAGUUAUCCCGAGAACUUCCACAGUCACGCUAAAAUGGAGCUGGAGAAUAGAAGACACAGGCGAAGACCCAAUGCUGGCUUUACCUGUGACACUUGGUAGUGUUGAUCUUAUAGCGGUGCCUGAAGAUAGAUGUAUUAAAUUUUGGACAGAAUGGUUAGAUUUUCUGUUGGAUGAUCGAACACAAUAUCAGUCGAAAUGUGAAGCACUCGAAAUGCGCGUUACAGAUCUUGAAAAAAUGCGUGACUUAACCGAGCAGAAAAUGGAUAAAAUGGCAGAGGAUAAAUUGACGAGUGAGACUAUACUAUUGGAAAAUUUUAAAGAUCUGUUGAAUUCAAAAAAGAGGAAAAUCAAAAGUCUGCUGAAACUACUUGAAAAAAAUGGUGUCGUACAGCGUCAAGCAGGAUCAGAAGAUGAUAAUCAAUCGGUUGCUAGUGGAAUGUCUUUUGAGAUGAUGGACGUAGAAGAUGAGGAGGAAGAGUAUCAAGAAGAGUCGAAUAGUCCGCCAUUGAUCGGUAAAUCAGCAACACCGAUAACACGAUCAAAACAAAGACGCAUCUAUUAUGGUGAAGAGCCUCAAGAAAAAAUGGAAACUCCCAGUCCAUCAGCAAAAAUGAGAAACGAUCAAGCAGCCGAUGUAGCAGAAGAUUCUGGCGAUAAUUUGGACGAUCUAUUUCCUACAAAGCGUCCUCGAAGGAAGAGAAGAUAA